AUGCAUCGAGUUUCUGGAAGUCAAUGGGUUCUUUCAACUCCUGAUCUGGAACUUGAAGUUGCAGACCUCAGUGCUCGUCGACACCGCAUUUUGCCACGACAUGGUGUUUUUCCUGCAGACAUAGCUGAUGAGUGCUAUGUCUUUGAUGAAGUGCCUAGGGCUGAGAUGGAGCGCCAGAGAAGAAUGGCGAAGACCAUGGGAUCAAUUCUUGGCGAUGCUCAAGUUGUCAAUGUUGACAUCCAGCAAUGGUAUGUGUCUGAUCCCUCCUCAGCUCGGUUUGGGCAGGCUCUUCCUGUCGAAAUCGUCGGAGACGUUGUGGCACUGGGUCAGCAUGGUGUUGUGCAGUGGGAUGAUGAAACCGAGUAUGUGCGAGAGAUGGCGACUUCUGAGAUCGAAAGAUUCAAGGAGUCCAAGAAGGAUUCAUUGGGGGAUGCUAGGCUGCUGGGAGAACACAAGGACCCUCAAGGCAAACGACAUAUGACGCUUCAAGAUGCACUUGCACUUAUGUCUGAAGAGAAGUUCGAUGACUGGGGCUUUGUCGGCCCGCGUGCAACGAGAGAGUAUCUGGUUGCGAUCCGUGAGGGUCCUGGUGAUUUGAUCUCAUAUCACAAUGGGUGGGUUCGCUCAUCGGGGAUCUCCAACAGUUCUGCAAUUGCUCAUGAACAUCGGUCAUUGAUUGAGACCUUGCGACUUGGCUUCUCCAAAGACCAGCUCGACCUGAGCAACCUCACAUGCAUGGAGAACGUUGUGAGACGUUUGAUUGUGCUUGAAAUGGCAGUGGCGAGAAACCCAGCAGCCCCAGACUUCUCUGGUCUGGAUGUUGUCAGUGAGACUCCAAUUGCUGCACAAGGCCAAGCCUACGUCUCAGCCAUCACCAGCUGGGUGACUGAGAAGCUGAAGGAAAGGUCGCAGAUCCAGAAGCAGGCACGGCUCUUCAAGGAGGAGUUUGGAAGAAGAGGUGGCAAGAAGUUUGGCGAUGAGGAUGACGAAGACAGUGGCAAGAACAAGUGGAAAAAGAAGAAAAAGACGGCUGAUGGCGGCGGGGCGGUUGGCUCCGCUGCGGAUUUUGUGAUGGGUAGAGUUGUGGAGUCACUGAAGCUUCAUGGUGACAAGCCGCUGAACAUGACUCCUGAGACUGCCCUCCAUGAGCUGCAGGCUGCCGAAUUCUCCUACGAUGGAAUGCCGAACAAUCUUGCGUCCUAUGAUCCUGGGAAGUUGAAAGUGCUUCGAUCUCAGGUUCAGCCGAAGAGGAUUUCCAAGUUUUUGCCUGUGGAGCCUGCAAAGUUGGUUGAACAUUAUGAGUCACAGAUGUUGCUGCCUAAUCAUGCGGAUGAUUCUGGUUUCUCACCUUACUGGGAUCCUGCAUUAAAGUAUGACCGUUCAAGGAGGCUGGACUUCAUUUUGCGACUACAUAAGUCGGGCUUGGUUAAACUUAGACGUUCUUCUAAGUCAUUCAUUGGAGCUUUCUUUGUGAAGAAGAAGACACCUGAUGCUAUCAGAAUGGUUUUGGAUUGCAGAGGGACCAAUAAACUCCACCAACCGCCGCCGACAACCCGCUUGGGGUCUGCAAGAUGCUAUGCGGAUCUGGACUUGGCAGAAGUUGAGGAAGGCAAUGGGUGGGGGAUUGAGGCAGACGUCAAUGAUGCUUUUUACAACUUUUCUAUCCCUGAACUCACCCACUACUUUGCCUUCAAUCACCCGCUGGAAGCUCACAUGUGGUCAGAUUUGGGGGUUGAUGCCGCCUCAGUUUAUGAUCCAGCGACCAGGCAGUAUGUGCAGACGGAUGCGCAUGAGUUGUUGUUCCCAUGUGUGGAAGCGGUUCCUAUGGGUUGGUCGUGGGCCCUUUUUCUCUGCAAUGAAGCUGUUUUGAACAUCUGCCGACAGCAUUCUCCGUGGAUGGAUGGUGUUUUUAGGGAACGAAAAGAGACUCCACAGCUUGAUCAAUUUCGUACGUCGCUUGGGGUUUAUGUUGACAAUAUUACCAUAGUUGGCAGGGAAAAGUCGGAUGUUUGUUUGCGGGCCAGUUGGGUCCGGGAAGCUUUUGAGCGUGCCGGCAUCCCACUGACAUGGUCACAAGACUCCCCAGUUCAGUCUCUGGAAUCUGUUGGUUGUAACUUGGACUUUGUGCACAAGCGUGUUAGCAACAAGCCUCGUCGUGUUUGGAAAUUUUUCCUUGCAACUCUGGCCUUGCUCAGACGUAAAAAGCUGAAGGGAAAGGUCUUGCAGAUUUGGGCGGGGCAUUUUACCUCGCUCUGCUCCCUUUACCCAUGUGCUCUUGCGUGUCUGGAGCAUAUCUAUAGGUUCAUUGAAGUCAGCCGUGAGAAGCGCAUUCAAGUUUGGAGUUCAGUGCGGUGUGAGUUAAAACUGGCUUGUGCUCUGGUGUGGUUGGCAUGGCGGGACUUAGGUGCCCCAUUAUGUCAGACAGUUGAGGUAGGGGACUCUUCUUCAUCUGGAUAUGCAUUGAUGAGCUGUCGACCGGGUCAGGAUAGACUUAGACGGGCUAUGGCCUCGCAGGAAAAAUGGCGCUUCAUUCCAAUGCCUGAGAACCUUCGGAGCGCAGCUGCCAGAAAAGAUGCUGAGGAGUUUGAGCAGAUCCUGUUUGGAAUGUUCACUGCAGCCGAUUCUGGUGGAGGCCCUGGUUCUGUACGGCCUGCGGGUCUUUCCACGGGUUAUGGGCAUAUGGUUAUGGAUGCUAUGAGAGAAGGGUCAUGGCUGGGAACGUCUGCAAUCCGCUCGCAGUUUCGGGCGGCUCCUUCUAAGCGCAUUGAUGUUGACAUCCCCUCACUGGUUGAACCUCUGGACAAUUUUUUUGCUGACACAAACAAUUUUCGCCUUCUUUGGGCGAGGCGCUGGAAGAAUGUUGAUGAGCAUAUCAACAUCAAGGAGUGUCGUGUUGCUUUGUCCUCAUUGAGACGUAGCUGUCGAGUUCGAGACUUGAUGUCCCACCGAAAGCUGACAGUUUCUGACAACAUGGCAACAGUUUCAGCGCUUAGCAAAGGGAGGAGCUCUUCCUUUAAGAUGAAUAAGUUGUGCAAAGUCGCAGCAGCUUUUCAGCUUGGUACAGGUAGGCUUUCAGGAGCCAUUCGAGACUUGGGUGGUGCAGUGCUUGAACCGGUCGAGAUCACGAAGGAUUCAGCAUUCGACCUUCGUAGGAAAGAAACUCAGUCUUCUCGUCUUUUCACGUUUGAACCGCUGGUCAGAGCCAUGCAGUCGGGUCCAUGCUAUGAGAUCAAUUUUGACAUGUGUGUUAUACGCCGAAACGUAGCAAAGGCAACAAUUCCGGCAAAAAGUGCCCUGUCUCGAACAGGGAUCAUUGCCAGAAAGAAGUCGACCUUGAGCUCCUUGAACACCAAGGGGGGCUCGAGCAGUUUUUCGACUUCAUUGCCCUUGGAAGAGAACCGAAGCAAGCGUGGCGGUACCUCCAAAAAGCCAAGCCGGUGCUCUAUCAGCAAAUCUGACAAGUACCGAAUUAUUUUGGAGAGAUGCCCCGCUGAGCGAGCCUUGCGAGUCAAACGAGUCAGGCCUGACACCAUUGUGAGGUAUGCUGACAGUGUGGAUGAUUUUUUGCAAUGGGCGCAGAGCAAGAGGCUUCAAGUCAAGUCAGACAGACAGGCUGACAAAGCUAUGGCCAGAUACUUUGAUCAAGUGUUUGAGGAUGGCUGCCCCUUAACCGUCGUGCCCAUGAAGAAAGCGCUGAAGAUCGGCCUUUCCCCGUGCGAGGCGCGGCUCUGCUACGAGAACUAUGUGGAUGUGGACAGCAUCCAGCCCAUGGACCUCAACGCCUUUGCCGGCGGCGGGCCGGAGACCGUGGAGGAGCUCGGCGGCGGCGGCGGUUCGGAGUGGUGGCGGCCGCAGGUGCAAGUGGUGGACCCCAGCAAGGUCUAUGACGGCCUGGAGAAACCCUACCAUUUCGCGCCCAUUGGGCCCUCCCGGUCGGCCACAGAGGUCUCUCCCUUUCAGCUGCAAGAAGCUCCAGGUGUUAAGGAGCAGAUCUGUGCGGAUGAUGAUCUGAAAGAGAUCUUUAUGCUGGGAGGGAGAAAAAAGUCCCUGAGGUUGCAGGAUGGCGUGGCGCAGUUGGCUGAAGAGCGUCGCCUCAGAGGCUACGAACUGGGAGAUGCCACCGUGAUGAACUCGUCCAUCUUGCUGGCUGGGCAGAGAGAGCUCUACUACCUGAGCUUUGGAACUGACGAGGUCGGCCCGCUGGAUACCCUGGCUGGGGCUAGGCUGCUAGGCCGAUCUCAGGGGCCUCGGUCGGGGCCUCCGGGGGACUCGGACGAGGCCGACCAGGCCGUAGACCGAAUGCGAAAGGUGAAAGGUCUGCCCAGUGCAGUCGUUGGUGAGGGAACGGAGGUGCUCACAGUGCCACAAGGCCUGGCGUUUUGGCCGCAGCAGAACUUGCUGUUUCUGGCGCCGCCUCGGGGUGGCAUCGUGGCAUCGAGGAUGGCAGAUCCAAACCACUCCCUGGGUAUUGACUUCCGGUUGCCCAUGCAGGAGGCUGUCUUUGGUUUAUCGGUCGAUCAGGUUAUGCGGGGUGAUCCUGUGAAGCAUGAUGACGUGACGAAAGGCUUAGUCUUAGAUACUUUACUAGCAAACAUGGCUCCAAUGAUGGUUUCCAAGCCGGAUGCAUCCGAUCCCGACUUGACCGCAAUGUUAGAGACCUGGCAAGAAGGCAACCGGCUUUUUACGCACAUUUACCUGUACAAGACUUCCUUGACGUCAGCAAGUGGUGGGGAGGAGAGCGAUGUGCCGAACUACAUAGGAGUUGCCCAUCAUGAGGGAGUUGUCAUGAAGCAUGCUUCGGAGGGAGGGCAGCCACAAUACCUCAAACUGGACUUCGGCAGUGAUGGCUUGGAGCAUGCAACAACUAAGGACUUUCCAAUCAUUCGCAAUCAAACGCCCUGGGGUGAAGGCCAUGGCAAAUUUAAGAAGGCACGCAUUCGUCCAGAACACGGUCAUCCAAAGCGCUUGAUUCGUGUGCUUGAAUUGGUGAAAGGUAAACCUUAUCACGCCUUGAAAUGGAACUGCCAAAGCUUUGCAGAUUUGAUGUGGCAAUGCUUUCCCGAGUGGAAUACGGCUUGGGUACCCGAUAUCUUCGAAAUUUUCCAAAACGACGAAGAUCUCCUCUACGUCUUGUUACAGCAGGAGCUGCGCGUCUUCGACUUGGGCGACCGACCAGGAUCCUUGCUUCGCAGCUUCAGGUUGCCAGCUGUUGCCAGCUACUGCUUGCGCCUGACAUUUUGUUGCCACAAGCGGAUGGGAAAUGCGGCUCUUAAGCAGCACUUUGUGAAUCUGCUGGAGACGCAUGCGCCACUUUUGGUCAAGGACCUGCCCUAUGACAAGUUGCUGGGUCUGUCAGUCCUGGGUGCCUCAGUGACGCUACAGCGCUUGGAGAUUCAGGAACGGGUGCUUGAGAACUUUGGGAUCUUUCUGCCCUUCGAGAUCGAUCGAGCAUGUCUUGAAGAGGUGGAGCUGAGAUUAAGUGGACUGCAACUCAAAAUCUUCGCGCGACGCUUCGUGUUACGAUGUCGUCUCAGAGAUUGGGACAAAGCUACGCGGGAGAUUCCAGCAGUGAAGGCAGUGGAGCUGCCUCGAGAUGUGUCCAAUCAACCUUUACUGAUGAGGUGUUUGAACAGUCUCAACUUGAGAAUUCAAAACAUCGAGAUCAUUUUCCAAAUGAACGACGCGGAGGCAAAGCCUUGGAACCUUGGCGUUGUGGUUGGUGCAAGCCUGGAGUUGCCCCUGCACAUGCUUUCGAAGAGUGCCGAAGAUUGGCACAUUGACCUUAGCCUCGAGGACCUUCGAGUCCUAUGUGCUCGCGCUGAGCAGACUGAGCUGAGUGAUCGAGGACUGAUCCUUGGACCUUGUGACUUGCAGAUCGAAGCAAAAGGAUCAAAGAAGCGAGACCUGGACAAUCCAGAUCAAUGCCUUAGUUUCGCUCUGGCACUGUCCAGCUGUCCGAACUGCAUCCGAAUCAACCAGUAUCAGCUGGGGCUCUUUAGCCGGCUCAGCCAUGUCUUUAUCCUUUGGGACGCCUUGCUGCGGAGUUUGGACUUGCACAGCAUGCAGCGGAGCCGGAUGAAGGAGCUGUUGGAGCUAACGGGACAAGAGCCGCUGAGCUACGGGAGAAUCAGCAUCUCUGGGGUGUCGACGCCCAGUCACGGCAGAGCUGAUGAGAUGCUUCGAGCCCAGCAGCGUGUGGAGGCUGAACUAGCAACUGGAUCAGAAAUGCAGCUAGAAGAUACAAAGGGCCCUGAAACCAUGGUUCCAGAAACCCCCAAAUCACCCGUGAAGGAAGAGAGUUUGGGAAGAGUGGAUGGACCUAGAAGUUCCCCGAAGCCCCUUGUGCCGGCUGUUCCUGAUCAGGAAAAAUCUCAGGUACCGCCUGUGACUCCUGAAAGUCAGGUGAGAACUGAGGUAAAAACACCAGCGCAGUCUCUUGAGGCCAAAGCUGAACCCCAAGGAGCCAUAGCUGUCCAACAUGGAGCGCUAGCACCUGCCGUGACUGAUGUGAUUGCGGCAGACUCCAAAAAGGUUGAGAAUGGAGGGUCGACUGAUCUUCAAAGAGCAUCAGACGUUUCUGGGCACCUGCAACAAGUUCCCAUGUCAGUGCAGACGCCGGGAGCUCAAUCUGGUGUUUCUCCGGUGCAACAGCCCCUUUUUGACGAUCAACAACUUCGAAGAUUUCAAGAACUUUUCAAUCAAGCCCCUUGGCUGUAUCCAGGUGGUCACAUGGGAUACCACCCUCCAGCCAUAGCACCUCCAGUUUCAAGACCACUUUUUCUUGAGCAAGAUGAACGUAGGAUGCAAGAAGCUGUUGGAAUGGGUUCGCAGUUUGUUUAUCCAUAUAUGCCAGCGGUUGGAGUUCAAGAGAAUUUGGAACUGAAAAAAGGGUUUGAAGAGAUGAUGGAAGAGAAUAGAAGAUUAAGGGAAAAGGUUGAACGUCUUGAGAAGGCGCAGUCCUCCCAAUCCGAAGAAGAUCAGAAGUUUUCCACCCCAAAUGGAGAUCACUUGAAAGAGGCUGAGACCCCCCAGGAGGCUGAUAGACCACCAAAGGGAAGUCAAGUGCAUCCCCAUCAACUUAAGGAGGCUGAGACCCCCCAGGAGGCUGACAGACCACCAAAGGGAAGCCAGCGUAUCCACCAAAGCACUAAGGAGGCUGAGACCCCCCAGGAUGCUGAUAGACCCCCAAAGUCCUUUAGCCGCCAAGGAUCGAAGACCGCCGAUUCACAGGAGGCUGAAAGACCCCCAAAGCAAGGCAUGGAUGAGGAACCCACCACAGUGAAAGUGAUGCUGAAGCUCAUGGAAGGCAUGCAGGCGAUCCAACGUCAGAUGCUGGAGCAAAAGGAUGAAGAAACAGGGACUGAAUCAGUCCGGCAAGCCCCAGCACUUCCGAGCCUUGCAGAAUGGAGUGCGACAACGGGCCCAAUUGACCUCAAUGAUUGGAUGGCUUUGAUCGAGCCGAUGAUGUGUGACCUGAGCAACUCCAGUGCGCAAUGGUGGCAACAACUUGUCAUGGAGGCACACCUGUGGUAUCAGCGUCAUCUUCAACUACCACCCUUGGAUCGAGUAGCUCAUGUACCAGUUCCUUCAAAGGAUUUGGCCAAACAGAAAUGGGCACGACUUGAACGUCGAGCAUCUACGUUGUUGCUGAUGGCAGUUCCUGAAGGCCAAAGAGAAGAGCUCAUCUCAGCCAAAAGACUGAGUGCGAUGUCCAUAGUAUGCCAACUUCUUGUCACCUAUCAACCAGGUGGUCUUGCGGAGAAGGAGUUGAUCUUGAGGUCCCUUGAAGCUCCUCCUGAACCAACGACCUUGGUGGAGGCCGUGCAAAGCCUUCGCAGAUGGUCUCGAUGGCGAAGACGUGCUGCUGACCUACAAAUUUCAGAGCCAGACCCGUUUUUGCUUUUGAAGGGACUCAACAGAAUCAUCCGCAAACCCUUGGAGGCCAAUCGAGAUCUUAGCUUCAGGAUCAGUUUGGCAAGGUCGACAUUGCAGGUGGACUCAACCCCAACUUCGACUUCGGUGACUUCCUUUGCACUUCACUUGGCUGCUGAGUUUGAACAGGUGGUGCAUCAGGAAAAAAGCGAUCAAUCACCACAGAAGCCAAGGAUUCAGAAGGCUGAGGGGGAGGAGACUUCUUCACCCACGAGCUCUACGAAAGGAAAAGAGGAGGAGGUAUCCAAUGAAUCGGCAUCAAUGAAGGAGUUGCUGGAACAGGCGAACACUAUGCUCAAGUCAUUGACUUCCUCUACAACGACUUCCUCUUCAAGCUCUACUGCAGGAGCCACUGAGACCAAGGACGAGGUGAUGGAUCGACUUCAACAACAAUUGAACCAGCUGAAGCUCAAGGUGUUUAAGAUCAAUCAGAUCUCACAUGGUCAGCAUCAAGGUUUGAUCGACUCUGGUGCCACACACCCUUUGCGUCCUCGAAGACCUGGUGAAUGCGACACCACCUACAAGCGGGUUUCAGUGACCCUUGCCAAUGGCGAAACCACUUCUCUGCAGGUGACUCCAGGUGGCAUCAUGGUCACAGAUCGACAUGACGUCGAGCCAAUUCUGCCGAUGGGACAACUUGUCCAAGACUUGCAAUGUCAGGUAACCUGGGCUGAUGGAAUCUUGAAGGUCACCCAUCCAACACGUGGACCACUUCCAGUGCAAAACCGAGAUGGCUGCCCACAGAUUCCCAGAACUUUGGCCUUGGACUUGAUAGAAGAGAUGGAAACAGCAGGAAUGCAAAAGAAGAUGAAAAGUGUAGGUUUUGAGAAGGAGAAAAAAUGGAUGGAAGACUUAGUGCAGAGUCAUCCAGUUCUACGAGACCUUCCAGACCGAAUCAAAAGCCGACUGGUCACUGACAUUGGAGAAUGGAAAGACUUGCCGGUCAAUCGGCGCCAACGAAAGCGUUUGCAGAGAGACGGCUUUCUUGUGCACCUCUAUGCAGGAGAAUCUGAAGGGUUUACACUGUCAAGGGCAUGGAAGCAGCAAGGUGGCCAAGAGAAUCACCUCUUGGAGAUUGACUUGAAACGAGGCGAUGGUCACAACAUGUUGCUGGACAGCGGCGUCUAUGCUGGACUUCUUCGAGCAGUCCUUCAAGACCGAAUUGACGCUUUUGUCGCUGGCCCCAACUGCAGAACCAGAUCAGUUCUCAGGCAUUACCCAAAGAAGGAUGCUCCGCGACCAGUGAGGGCUUGGAAAGGUGAAGAACAUGGGCUGGCCGAUUUGUCUCCAGCCGAAAAACACAAGUUGAGGAACUACAUGCCACAAUGUGUGUCUUUUUGGGACACUGUCGAAUGGAUGAAGCUGAAGGAGGAGUUUGGAUUCGCUGAGACCACCUUCUGUCAGGGACAUCAUGGCGGUGCAGCCACAAAACCAACUACCAUGGCAGGAAACUUGCAGCUCAACCCUGAAGAUCACCGGAUGAAGAAAACAUCUUCAACUACGAUCAGAUCCUCAUCAGAUUUGUCAAGAUGGGCACCAGGUGUGAUGAACAUGGUGGCCGAAGCACUUUUGACCCAGAUUGUCAACAGGCAACCAAGGAUCUCGACUUUGUCAUGGGAAGAGCAUCUACGUCAUGGACAUAUCCCUUUCAGGCGAGAUUGCCUGGUGUGCCAACAAUCGCUACAGCAACAACCGCCUCACAGAAAAGUGAAGCAUCCACUUGGAGGAGUCUUGUCAAUUGAUACAACAGGACCCUUCAUCAGAGCCUACGAUGCCGGUGGCUAUCAGUCUGCCUACAUCUUGGUUGGUGCUCUCACCUGGACCGUGCCCAAAGACUCCAAGAUCAAGGAGGAAGAAGUGCCGGAGCUAGAAGGUGAAGCCCCAAGCUUUGAAGCGAAGAAAGAUGAGGAGAUGAUCCCGAUUGAAGAUCAACCUGAACAACCACCUGAAGAGCCUCAGGGAAUCUUUGACGAUGAAGUUCCAGAAGAUGAGGAGUGUCAAAGGGCCCCAGAGGGUGAGGAUGAAGUUCAAAGAGAAGAAGGAGACCAAAGACUUGAGUUUGAGACGCGAGUUUUUCGUCUUGCAGCUCCUAUGUACUCCAAGAAGGCCACAGAAGUCACUCGUGUGGUGAUGGACAUGAUGCUACGUCUCAGAGCUGACGGGUAUCACAUCGGCCACAUCCAUAGCGACCAAGGUCAUGAGUUCCAAGGGCAUUUCAAAAGAUGGUGCAGAGAAAGAGGAGUGCUCUUGACAAGGACCCCUGGUGAUGACCCGAGGGCCAAUGGCCGUGCAGAGACAGCAGUGAAGUCACUGAAGACUCAAAUAAGAAGGGUUCUUCUUCAAGCACAAGCUGAACCAACUUGGUGGCCGUGGGCAACAAGAUACGUCAAUGAGCUCAAUCGUGCUGCCAGGGUAGCAAAGAGCCCGGAUUGGCCUCCCUUUCUCACGGAAGUCAUGGUCAGAAAGCGCAAAUGGAGAAGAGGAACUUUUGAAGUUUCCACUGAAAACGUCAGGUACCUUUGUCCUGCUCCAGAAGAACAUGGUCACUGGAUACUCCCAAAAGAUGAGAGGCCACGCGUCACGAAACUUCUCAUGAAAGCAGCACAUCUCCCUCUAGCAGAAGAAGGAUGGGUUGCUCUGGAACGUGAAGCAGUGGACGCCUUGAAUGUUCGAAGAAGAAUGAGGGGAAAGUCAGCGAUCAGAAAAUUUCAAGAGGAGGAUGGAGGAGAAGAAGAUGAAGAAAAGAAGCGGAGAGUUUGCAUGCUCCGCUUAAUCGAAAAAGAAAUGUGCCUCAUGGUCGAUGAUGACCCAGAACUGGCUUUGGAAGAGCUCCAAAUCUUGGCCAAAAUCCGGAAGAUGGCAUCAAUGCCGAAUGAGGAGGAAGAGAUCUUACAGACACGAAUCGUGUCACCAAAGGAGGUCGCAGAACACUGGCAAGAAUGGCUUCCUGCAGUUCAAAGCGAAGUCGAAUCUCUCCUCUAUGAAAAGCAGGCUUUCCGAGAGAUUGGCCCAGAAGAACUUGCUCUACUACAACACCAAGCUGAGAAGUCAGGAAAAGGGAUUGAGUAUAUCCCGUCCAAGCUGGUUUUCACUAGAAAGCCAGGCCUUGAUGGUGCCGAUGCAGCAGCGCUUAGAAUCUUGGUCUGGUGCGCAGCUCUCAAACAGUGGAGCGCAUCAAUCCUGGACGUGCGCACUGCCUUCUUGAAUGCAAAGAUGGUCUUGUCUGAAGAUGAGGAUGUGAUCCUUGUCAAGCCGCCUGUGCUCCUCACCGAGAAGAAGUACCUCAAAAGAGAUGUGUACUACCUGCCUGAAAAAGCCAUCUACGGGCUUCGGCGCUCACCCAAGCUCUGGGGACUGACCAGAGAUGACACCAUAGCAGCCCUAGAAAUCCAGGGGAGUACAACAACAAGAUGA